UAUAUCUUUUUUAAUAAAUAAUUGGUACAGUCGUAAAUGUGUACUUUUUAUGUCGAAAAAUAUCAUUAAUGACUUUUAAAGUAGAAGAUUAGUAUAAGAAUCUAGAAAAAGUUGUUAGUUCACAAGAGUUUUCUUUUUUUUCUAGAAAAUUUUUAAACACUAAUAGUUUAUGCUAUAUUUGCUUAUUGUUAAAAUAUAUGACACACACCUCAAUUUUUUGUAAGACUCCAAUUCUCAUGUAAAAUGUAUUUUAAAUACUAGCUAUAAUUUAACACUGUUAACGGAUUUAAAAAUUUUUAAUUGGUAAAUUUAAAAUUCUUUGAAAUGUCUAAAGCAACUAAGAUAAAUAAAAACCAAUUAGCCAAGUUUAUUGAUUAUCUAGAAAAUAAAAAUAGAAAAAAUGACAAUAAUACCAUAAAUGGUUGUGUAGAAUUCUUAAAAACUGCUUUAUAUACAUCUCCAAGUUUUAUUUAUGAUACAACAUUAGAAACACAUCUAAAAACAAAAAAGUUUUUUGAGGAAAUUAAUUUUGAUAGUCUAAGUACUGACCAUUUGUUCAAUAUAGGAUCAAUUUUGCAACAAGGAGCUGAUAUUAAAACAUUCACAUGUUUUAUAAGUUAUUUUUUACAAGAAAUUAAAAAAGUAUUAUCAAGUUACCCUAAAGAAUUAAUUUGUUUAUUAAGUCAUUUUCCUAAUUUAUACAAAAAUUUACCUUUAAGUAACAUACAUUAAUUUUAUAUUUAAUUAUUUUUUAAGUACUUCAUUAUAAUUUUUAAUUCAUAUAUCAUUAUUGUUAUUAUGUUUGUUAUUUUAUUUUCUGGUUUUAGGAUGAUUUAUUAUAUUUUUUUGCAAAUUAUUAAAAAUUAAAUUUUAUAAUAUUAUGAAAAGAACUUCACCAUUGUAAUUUUUCAUACACAAAUUUUCAAUUUAAUGGUACUUGUACUUUUUUUAUCUAACUGUUGCACAAUGCUGGGUGCAUUGCAUAUGAACAUGAAGAAUGCAUUCUUAGUUUUUACACAAUGUUUAUUCUCUUGAAAAUUCAGUAUAAAUAUAGAUUUCUUCCACUGGAUAAAGCACCUUAAGGAUCAAUCUCCAAAGUAUAGGUCUUAAUGACAAUUAGCUUGUAUUACUUAUUAUUAUAAAUUUUUUGUUGAUUUUAACUUCUUUUUAUAAUAAUUACCAUUUAUUU